AUGAUAGCGUCAUAUCUACUGGGCUGGUUCCUGCCGUACAGGUACAUAAUCUGGGUGAACUUAGCGGUGUGCUUGACGUACGCAUCCUUGAUGAUGACUGUCACGGAGACGCCGAUAUACUUGCUGAGGAUGAACCGACUUGAGGAUGCUACCAGAGCGAUAGCCUACUAUAGAGGUGUGUCAAUAUCUUCUAAAGUUGUUUUGGACGAGCUAUCAAAACUGAAGCAACAAAUAAAUGUAGCUGUUGAACUUCUACCCACAGUUAUUUCACCGUCGACACGAAGAGCGAUGAUUAUUGUGGCUCUUCUUAUUGGUCUUCAGAACACAAUGGGAGGGAACGCUGUACAAGUGUAUGCCAAGGAGGUGUUCCGACAGUCAGCUCCAAAGCUCUCCUCCAACUUGUGUUCAGUGCUGCUAGCAGUGGUCAUACUGUUGGGUAACAUCAUGAGCGGCGUGCUCUCUGAUAGGCUUGGCAGACGAUUUCUCCUAAUGACGUCAUGUCUCGGCUCGCUGGUCUGCCUGGUGGUGAUGGGCGUCCAGGUGCAGAUCUCGUUCGCGCCGGCCUGGCUGUCGGCGGUACUGUGUCUGUGCUACAACUUCAUCUUCUCUGCCGGAGCCGGGACUGUGCCGUUUCUAUUAAUAGCUGAGGUGUUUAUACCCGAAGUACAAAGCCUAGCAGCGAUGAUCCAAAUUAUCAGUAUGUGGCUGAGCUCCUUCGUGCUGCUAUACAUCUUUCCAUUCAUGGUGAAGUUCCUGGGGAUGUACGGGACCUACUACGUGUUCGCGGUGGCCAGCGUGGCAUGCUUCCUCGUCUCCUACUUCCUGGUGCCAGAAACCAAGGGACUCUCCAAUGCACAGAUACAGCUGGAAUUCCUGAGGAGCCGGAAGAAAUCAAGAAAGAAUAUUUCGCCCGGCCUUGAUGGCAUUCCAGGACGCGUCUGGGUUCUCGCGAUAAAGGAGCUGGAGCCGCAGGUGCUCUCCCUCAUGACGAACUGUUUGGUCCAGGGACGAGUACCGCGGCGUUGGAAAACGGGAAAACUGGUGCUCCUGCGGAAAGCCGGGAAGCCGGAAGACCAACCGUCGGCGUACCGACCUAUCGUGCUUCUUGACGAGAUUUGUAAAGUGCUGGAAAGGAUCCUGGCGGCGCGUCUCUCCAAACAUCUAGAGAACGUCGGGCCCAAUCUGAGCGAAAACCAUCGCGGCAAGACAUAUCAUGAGGCAGUGGUCCGCGCGACGGCUGGAGUCGCUCAGAUCGUCCGUCAGAUCCGCGGACUAGGACUGACAGGUCCCGGAACCCUCCACCACCCGGACUGGAGAUAG